UGCACCGAGUCUCCGCUCUGUUUGCUCCAAUGCACCCAACUUCCUGCGCUCUUCAACUUACCUUCAAAUUUGAUAACUUAACCGCGCAUCCGCUCUGAAUGGAAGGCGCCCCAAAGUCUGGGGCGUCACUUCCGUUCUUUGAACAGCCAAGAUGUUCCUUCACUCAGGUGCUGGUAUGCACCGCCACGAGUAUUCAAAUCCUCCAACAGUUGACAAUCGACGCAAUUCUAUUCCAAGACGAUCACCGUUGACAAGAGCAGCGUUUUCAACACCUUUACCUCGCAAGAGUACCACUUAUGAGAUUCCUCGACCCAUCCUCAAUCGAGCUGCGAGACCACUGUCAGAUAUAAUACCACGCACCAGCGAGCCUGUUGUACGAUUCCAACAACCCGAAACGGAUACUAUGAGCGAAGAUGGCAGGUCUUUGGCGAACUCUGAGACCAGUGAAGUUACUGUUAGUGGUGGAAGACGGCGAAGACGUUCGACACGAUCAAGCACGACGUAUUCAAUUGCCCAUCCAGCUCCUACCUUGACCCAAAAACAGAAGCUGUUACAAAUCCGGCCCAAACUAUUACUUCAAUUACAAAAGCUGUCGGCAGAUUGCAGACCGAAACCUGCCCUGGAUGUCCUCCCUUCUACUGUUGUCGUUCCACGGUUAACAAAAAAGUUUCCACGUAUGUUCAAAGGCAAGGCGGAGCUUGGACGUCAUGAUGUGAUGGUUGUGAAGAGUGAAGAGUACGAUGCAGUCGAUGAUGGUAUAAGUGAGGGAAGUGAUUCUGAUGAGGACGGACUGGUGAACAGAGAUUUAAUUGCUGUGAUCUGCCAGGCCCGGAAAGAUUCUGGGGGUUCUUAUGGGAAGGCGGAAAUAGUGCUCAGCGAUGGGUCUGUAUGGAUGGCUACCCCUUUACCAAAUGGAUUAUAUGAAUUCGUCACUAUCGAUGAGCAUGGGAACGAGACGACCGCUCGUUGGGUUAGGAGAAGCCCGAAGCCCAGGAACACCGAUGCAGUAGAUCCCGCUACCGGUAACAGUGAACUCAAGUUCACGUUCAGCAUCCUAGAUCCAAAUACACGACGCCAUCCGAUUCUAUCGUCCCUCACGCAGAACAAGCUGGAUAUACCAGAUUAUUAUACGUCUGUCUCCUCAUCUGCCGGCAAACAUCCUCCUACAUCACCACGGGCCUUUCCCGGAGAGCCGGAUCAACCUUUCAUGGAUGGCGAACCUCCAUCAGAGCGGACUACGCACGCCGUUGAUGAGAAUAUGAAGACUUUGAUUCAGAUUACAAGUGUUUGGGUGGCCUUGCGCGAGGGUUGGUCACCCUACUUCAAAUACAAUUCUGCCUCGACCGCAACAGCAAUACAACCAACAACACCAGGGGCCAGGGUCAGAUCAAUGUCAUUGACUCCUGACGCCAGCCGCCCCAGCCCAGUGGCCACGUGCGCAAGUACUCCUGAAUCUAGCCACAGCACUUUUGGUCUCGGUGGUAGAAUCAGGCGACAAUCUUGCAAAGCCAGCUCUGUGAAUGGGGAAUCACCUCAGCAGGAGCGAUCGAACGGACCAAAAAGAGCUGUAUCGGCUGGUACCGCCUUCAUGCAACGUGCGGCAGCACGUCGAGCUGGCAACGCUCCAAGCACCGUAGCUUCCGAUAGUGAGGGAGAAAGCAUGAUGGGCCCCCCAAUCCGUGCCGCCACCGAGAACUCCAAUGGCACUUUUUCAAACCCUGUCUCAACGCCGCCUGGCAGUCUUGUUCUUCCUGGUUCGUCAACAGCCAGCCCUGAUACUCCGACGAAGCCGCAAAGGCGCGUACAGUCUGCCUACAUCCCAACCAGUGCGUUGCAAAAUAGCUAUACUUAUGAGCAACCUGGGAGGAACAGCAUGUCAAUCACGAAUGGGCAGACGACUCCGGAUUCGCUUGAAAAGCCCCCCAAAGUUGGACGGUGGAAGACCAUCAUCAAUCUGUUCAGGAGAACAAACUCCACAUCACCCAGCAACUAGAGUCGGGGAGGAAACCGCCUGGCUUGUAUCACUACGUCUUAUUCAUACUGUACAGCCUUUGAAAUCCUCCCUUCGGAGGGCUUGGAUUUUGUUUUGUGGAUGGGAAAUUACGAGAAAUCGCCUAGGUAAAGGAAUACUGGGGGGCUG